AUGAGAGGGAAAAACAGAAAAACAUCACUGUCAGAUACCACUGAAAUCUCCAUUUUGGGCACUGCUCCUCUGCUGCUGCUAAGAUUGCAUCAACGGGCUCUGGAGGGAGCCCACAGCUGCUGCUCUGCAGAUGGGAGCGUAGGAUUUGCAACAUGGGGCCCAAGAGAGACAAGGAGGAUGGCAAGCAGAAGGUCUCAGCACUCUUCCAAUCUUCAAGACUGGUCCUUCCAACGUUCCUCUGCAGCGAACCAAGACGACACUGGGCAACCCUUUAAAAUGUUUAUUUGGACCAGUGGCCGGAACUCUACAGAUUACAAACAGGAUGAGAAAAGAAAUAUUUACCAAAAAAUCAGGGAUCACGAUCUACUGGACAAAAAGAAAACAGUCACAGCCCUAAAAGCUGGAGAAGACCGGGCCAUACUCCUGGGGCUGGCCAUGAUGGUGUGCUCUAUCAUGAUGUACUUCCUCCUGGGAAUCACCCUCCUGCGGUCCUACAUGCAAAGUGUCUGGACAGAAGAGGCUCAGUGCUCACUUCUCAAUGCAUCCAUCACAGAAACCUUCAACUGCUCAUUUAGCUGUGGUCCAGACUGCUGGAAAAUCUCUCAGUACCCCUGCCUCCAGGUGUAUGUUAAUCUCACCUCUUCUGGCCAGAAGCUUCUGCUCUACCACACUGAGGAAACAAUGAAAAUUAAUUCUGAGUGUUCCUACAUACCCAAGUGUGGAAAGAAUUACGAGGAGUCCAUGUCACUGGUGAACGUUGUGAUGGAAAACUUCAGAAAGUACCAACGCUUCUCCUGCUUCUAUGACCCUGAAGGUGUUCAGAAGAAUGUGAUAUUAACCAAACUGUACAGCUCCAAUGUGCUGUUCCACUCCCUCUUCUGGCCCACCUGCAUGAUGAUUGGGGGAGUGGCCAUCGUUGCAAUGGUAAAGCUGACUCAGUACCUUUCCCUCAUCUGUGAGAGCAUCCAAAGGAUCAGCAGAUAAAAACAAAAAAACUUCUCUGAAUUUCCGUGCAGCGAAAAUACUGUUUUCUCAUUCUUCACCAAAGAACCUUAAGUUUGUAAUGUGCAAGUCUGUUAUAAGUUCCUUACUAUAUUCUUAUAAGUAGAGCAAUAAUGCAAAAGCUGUUCUAUAUGCAAACAUGAUGUUAUAAUUAUGCAGACAACUGAAAAAAUACUGUUUUGUGUUGACUGUCUAUAUGAUCUUGUUUUAUGCUGACACUAGUACUACUUUCUCUUCUACAGCCAAAAUAGGGCUCAGUGUGACCAUUUGCCAGGCUUACUCACUUGACAUUCUUAAUGUAAAGGAUUCUGGGGGAAAUUCACCACUGGACAAAAGGCAGCCAACCUCUUGCACAUCACUGAGAUCUCACAUCUGGCUCAGUCCAUUCAAUAGAUUUGUGGCUUUGCUUAUUUAUUGUUGGUUACAGGAGGGGAAAAAGAAAAAAAAAAAGAUUUGAUAAGAGGCUUUCAUGGCAAGAUGGCACAAAAGGGAUGUAUUGAGGCCAGGAUAAGCAUAGAGUAUUUCAGUAUUUUCAGUCUAAGCAGGACAUUGUGAUGCUUUGUGUUUGAUCUCCCAGUUCAGAAGUAAAUUUUACCCUAGAGUAUUUAAGGUCUUUUGGAAAAUACUUCGUAGUUUUAUUUUACUUAGUGUUAUAGUUUCCUUCUGUCUUAUCAACAUCAUCUUUGUCACUUGCAGAAGCUGUAGCCAAAAAAAAAUCACCUUUUCCAUUUGCUAUUUCAUUCCGAGCCCUAUUGAUGGAGAUGGGACCAGAAUACCUUAAGUAAAGGUUUAUGACUCAUUUGUCUUGUAUUUGCUACCAUAUCACUGUAAAGAAAAAAAUAACACAAUCUGCUAUUUUUU